AUGGUAGAACCUCUCCGCGGAAAGCUGGCACUGAUUAAAGGAUCGGAGUUUAGCGCUGCUGCAGAGAUGAACGCACGUGACUUCGACCAGAAGACCGAUGCGCGUGGAUACAAGUUGGAGAUCACCGAAAAGGAGAUGAGAGCAAAACAAUAUCAAUGUGAAGCGAGAGCCAACAAGGAGCAAGAAUCAAAAGAAACUGAGAGAGAAUUGUGGCAAACAAAGUCAGAGAAUGCGCAGAUGAAAGCAAAACUUCGUCAUGGCCAAGCGUACACAGAACGUGAUCAGGAGAGCAAUUGCGAUGGACGAGGGUUACCAACCUAUCGGCCGAACGAAGAGGAGGGCCCACGCCUGAGAAACGAUGUCAAAUAUUAUGAAGAUGAGGCUCGCCGAUUGAGAGGUAGCCGAGACGAGAUGUACGAGCGGUAUGAAGAAGCUUUGGAAAGCUACACUGAGGAAUAUGAAGAAGCUCAAGAACAAGAAGCAUUGAACACAGAGCUGAGGAAACAACUCAGUGCGGAUGGUCUACCGGACUUUCUUGCCGUUGAGCUAUUCUUCAAAGAUCCACGUGAAGUCGAAAAUUGGAACGCAAUGGCGCAGACUAUGAGGAAGGGUCUUUGCUUGUCACCUGCCUAUGGAGUAGUGAAGAAGAACCUUGUCUAUGCCCAAAAGUUAAAAGAGCUGAUCGCAGAACUGGAUCGGAUGCAACAGAAAGAGCAGCCAGCUUACAAUACAUUUAUACCACCGCCUUUCCGAGCACCAAUGAGUCCAGACGAAGCUGAAGAUCUAUGCCAUCGUUGGGUGAAUAAGGGGGCGCCGCCCGUCUACCUCAUCUGCGCUAGCUAUGUAGCCCUUGUGGGCAACGGUGACUCCGAUGUGGCAGCGAGAAGUGGGGAAUCCAGCGCAGCAGGAGCGGUCAAGGUCGAGAAGGACGUGGAAAUGGAGCAACCCAAGGGUCCUGCCAAGGAACAGAAAGACAAGAUAGACGAAGAAAUUAUGAAGGGAGUCAAGAAUGUUCCGCAAUCCAAGAUCACAGAUGACGACGAAGACGAUGAAGGAGUCGACCUGAAAUUCAUUGACCAGAUCGUGGCUCUAUCAGCAGCUAACAAGAAUAACCAGCAAGCUGAAGCCCACACCCCUUCGUUCGAUGAAGAUGGGGUAGACUAUGAUAGGGACUCAUUGACGCCGGAGAUCGAAGAGGAGAUUGUCGAGAUGGAAGCCAUUCUCAAGAGUACGGUCGAACGUCCAAUGUCUGAUGAUAAAGUGAUCGAGGACGUUGAAGUCGAACCCACAGAACAGGAACUCAGACGAGGACGAGCUGACAAUGAAGAACAUGAUCCAGAUGAACCAAGAUCUUUUGAUCCCGACGUCGGCUUGCCCAACGCCGAGCAUGGCAUCGUUUCCGCGGAGAGCUCACCAUGGGCAGAUUCGCUUUGCAAGCAACAGGGCGCCGCCCCAGAGCAAGUGGAGGAAAAGAAGAGGGCAAAGUCAAGCAUAAUGGUUCGAAAAUGCGUGAACGCCAUCUACAACGCCGUCAAUCGCAAGCGGAAAAAGGGUGCGACGAACCCCAGGGUUCAUGCGACCACUGCGGGUACUCCCGCAGUGGUAGCGGCUCAAGGUUCGGGCCCGUGGGGUCGAGUUCUUGGGCUUCCUCAUGGCGAGAAGAUUAAACUGACGAUGAACUACACCAAGGGGUCCCUGAAGGUCCACGACAUCAAGGAGUGGCUUUGCGUCCAUGAGACCGAGUUGGACAUGGGCAUCUUGGGAGAUGCAGCAAUGAACUUCGUGGAGACCUCCAUGGAGACGAAAGCCGGAUCGAACCACUUCACCCUGCAACAAGGUGCUUGCGCGCAAGCGGAAGAUGCCGGGAGCUCAUCUCCGACAGAGAUCGACGGCAACUUCAUCGAGAGCUCCGCCCGGGCUGGUUGCCUCGACUCCCAGUAUAUCCUCCAUGCAGCCUUGGUGCGUAGGAUCCUGGAAGCCUACGACAACUUGUCAUUGUCCGCCGCAUCUCCAUGGCCCACGAUGGCCUUCAAGGAAGAGGGCCCGGAUGCCGACCCUGACGGCUACAAAGAGUUAUCCGGCAGCCGCCCGCUGUCCUUCGAGGCUUUAGUGAUCGCUUUAGCGAAGCAAAUCAGAAGGCAAGCAGAAGCAGCUCAGAUGCAGGGUUUGCCUUUGGAGUUCUACUCCUCCUACGAUGUUGACUGGUGGAAACCCUGGAACUACUUUGACCAGCUCUCGGCAGUUGACACAUCCCUCCUCAAGCGCUGCAAUGAGACACAGCUCUAUUCGGAUGUCCAAAUGCGGGCCACUUUGGCAUGGACGGGCGACACAGGAGGAAUCCAGAUUGUCAAUGGCAAGGCCAUUGGCGUGUGUCCUGAUGAGUACACUUGGCGCUCGCCCGCUUGUCGCAGUAACAGUUCUAGGUGCAUCGUGUACUUCACCGGCGGCAAUGGUUGGGGUGUGGAUAUCAUCAUGCAGCAAGCCAUUGCUUGGAAUAUGCCCACUGCUAUUGCGGUGGCCAAAGAUUGGAGUUCCUUCUCAGCGUUGCCAUUGGCAGUGAAAUCGACUUUCUAUUGGUGGGUUCCGGAUCCCACUUUCUUGGAUUUGGCUCCAAUCGAGAUCAUUUUCCCUGCGUAUGACCGGAAUGCUUAUGCUGCUGGAGAUUUCCGAACAAAUCCGUCAGAUUUGGAAAUUGCCAAAGGAACGAGCAAGGACCUGUUCACCCUGGCACCCAGAGUAGAGAAUUUCUUGGUGAACAUGGAGAUUGACAUGACUACUCUCAACAACAUUCUCCUCGAACAGAAGACGACCGGAGAUUCUUGGGAGAAUGUGACUUGCAAGUGGCUUCAGAACAAUGAAGCCACUUGGAGCUCGUGGCUGCCAGAUGACACCACUUGUUUCGCAGGCUUUGGGCUGGUUGACAUUGAGAGUGGCGAGUUCGUGAUGGAUCGGGCCAUCAAAGAGGGCAAGAGGUGCCAGGCAUGCCCCAGUGGCACCUAUUCCAAACAACUUGUGGACACCAUGGGCGUGACUUACAUUUGCGAGCAGUGUCCUGUGGGCACCAGCCAAGCGUCUGGAGCCUCGUUGACGUGUGACCCUUGUGACAAGGGCUCGUACCAAGACGAGCUGGGGAGUCAAAGCUGCAAACGAUGCCCCCUCAACAACUAUAAUGAUCAAGAGGGUGCGGCUCAAUGCACUGUGUGCCCCAGUGGGAGUGGCACUUUGGGCCUGGGAUCUUCCAUCUUCACAGAUUGUGGAUGUGUGGAGGGCCGUAUUGAUGUCUCCACCACCGAAGGCAGGGGAGAUCAGGGCAGGGCAGGGGAGCUUGGCCGAGCUCAAGGUGUUGUUGGGUUUUCUGGCGUCGUCUCAGCUGCCGUCCUGUCGUCUCAGCUUGUUUGCCUUACUUAUAUACUUGUUUGUUGCAUGUGUGAGCAACAUGCUAUCCGGGGUGUUUGUUUUGCGGUGUGGCACUGGAGUUCGAGAUUGAAAGUCUGGGGCGGGAGUGUACCAGCCAGCUUGCGCUAA